AUGUCAAAGAACCUUAAAUGUAGGUUGUCAAUUUGGUAGUACCAAUAUAAAAAAAAUAAAAGUACUAAAUCUGGAAAACAUCUAAGUUUUGAAAUUAUGUUGUAACACAAUUAACAUGGAAAUAAAUACAUAUCAAUUGAAAAACAAAAAAUGAAUAUAAUGGUAGCAUAUAAUGUAAUUAAUAUGAAUAAAAAGCAAUUUAAAAAAUUUAUUUAAACUUAGUGACAUUUCAUCAAUUCCAUUACCAACCUCACGAAGACUUUUUUGGGCACAUUUCGUUUUUAAGAAAUCAAUAAUUCUCUUUAAUAAGCAAACAACGCGUCUUAAAAGCUACAAAAUAAGAAACUUUGAUUUUUUCUGAAUAAGAUAGGACGAAACUCCUCGCUUUUUAACGAAUAGAAAAGUUUUGGCGACCACUUUGAAAAUUGACAUACACUUUUAAUGAAAAAUUAUCCAUUAAAAAAUAAUUUAACUCAUUUCGAGUUUCAAUGUUGGUAGUAACGGCAGAAAUUCCCUGCUAAAUUAGUUGUUGAAAAAGGUUAUGUAUUUAUAAAUAUUAAUAUUUAUAAAAAUAAUUGUAAAUAAGUAAUUGACCAAGAAAAUUAAUUAAAUAAAUUUAAAAAAUACAUAACGAAAACUUCAACUUCACAUAUGUUUUGAUAGUUCGAAUUUGACAACUUCUUUGUUUAAAAAACCAUCAGAUUUUUAAAUGUAGAAUAUUAAAUGAUAUCCAAUUAAAAUGGAAAUGAAAGAGGAAAUCGUAAAUUACGUUCUAAACAAAGACGAAAUUUUAAAUGCGGUUCAAUUACAACCUGCAUUCACGUUGUUGUAUAAAACAUGUUUUAAAUGUGCCUUUAUCGAUGAAAAUAUGGAUGAAAAUAUAUUAAAUAUCGAUGUUGUUAUUGAUUAUUUACACGAUAAAUUACACACUGGUCAUUGGAGUAAAGUACCUAUUUCUACAAGGAAUGGAUAUGCAGCUGCAUCAUUUAUAAAAGCAUUGUUGUUAUUAAAAACGAUAGAUGAAGACUCCCUUUCUAAAUCAUUGAAAUGUUUGGAUUUUGGAAUUUUAUUAGGUGGACCUUUGCCAGAGAAUCCUGAUUUAUUACAAAAAGCAGCUACUCGUAUUCAUCAAUCUUUAGUGACUAUGAAAGAAAAAUCUUCAAUUUCUCCACCUGCACUAAUAUUACCAAUGGAAGUAUUAAAAAAGUAUUCAAACAUUGAAGGUGAAAUUGUUUUCCCAGAAUCUUUACCAUCAUUAGAAACGUUUAUAAAAAAUUAUUUUAAUCCUGAAAUUCCAGUUGUAAUUACAGGUGCAAUACAACAUUGGCCAGCAUCACAAAAGUGGUUAUAUUUACCGUAUAUUCUCAAAAUAUUUGGAGAAAGAACAGUUCCUAUUGAAAUUGGUUCACAAUAUUCAGAUGAAGAUUGGUCUCAACAAUUAAUGACUUUUGAGGAAUUUGUGAAUAAGUUUUAUCUUAAUACAUCUGAUCAAAUUGGAUAUUUAGCACAACAUGAUUUAUUUUAUCAGGUACCUGAGCUUAAAAAAGAAUUUUCCAUACCGGAUUAUUGCAGUGUAAGUAGAUCAGAUGAAAAUGAUGAAGAUGUAGCUAUUAACGCAUGGAUUGGACCCGAAGGAACAGUAUCUUCAUUACAUUUUGACCCAAAAGAUAAUCUUUUAGCCCAGCUUUAUGGGAUUAAACAAAUAAUAUUAUUUUCCCCAAAAGAUAGUGAUAAUUUGUAUCCCCAUCCAUCAGAAAUGUUAUUUAACACUUCUCAAGUGGACCCAACACAACCUGAUUUAGAAAAAUUCCCAAAUUUUAAAAAGGCUAAACCUUAUAAGUGUUUAUUACAACAUGGUGAUAUGCUGUAUAUACCUAGAAAAUGGUGGCACCAUGUUACUAGUUAUGAUAGAAGUUUUUCGAUUAAUUUUUGGUGGUCUUAAUUUUUUCUUGUUAAUAAUUUUUAAUAUAUGAGCUGUACAGAUUAUGUAUAAUUACUUGAAAUGGAUGAAACUAAAUAGGUAAUCUGAUAAAUACCAUCAUGUGUGAUACAUACAAUCUGAUAAUAAAGAUUUUAUGAUGUUCACAAAUA